UUUUGCCGGACCCUGUAUAUGUACACAUAUUUGGCUUCCUUUUGAAAUUAAACCACAUUUAGCUUUACAUUUAGGAGAUUUUUUCCAGUGUACUAUUUUAUGGUUGUCAAGCUUUCUGUUGUUUUCAUCAAGUGGCAGACUGCUCGAGGUCUUCAAAGGAGAAGUGAGCCAACUUACUCAACUUCCUUCCUUCUUGACUUACCCAUUUCCUGUGAAAUCACUGAUGAUUUGAAUUCUCUCUGCACCAAUCUGUCUAUAGAAAGCAGUAAUAUGGGACAGGUUUUCGUUCUUCUUCUUCUCUUUGGUGGAACAGCUGAUGCUUUUCUUCCUCCAGGUGAAUCUAAAUGUAACGGCACCUUAGAAAGCUCUCAUUGCUCCGUCACUCUUGGAGGGUCGGUGUACAUCCAAUUGAUGCUCAACGUGAGCGGCCUUCAGCUGCGAUGUAAGAAACUGCUUACCAGCGGAUCCAUUCCUGUGUUUACCAUUAAAAAGGAAAAGCUGCUGAUACAGGAAGCUUUCAGACACAGAACAGAGUUUUUCACGGACAAUGGAACUUUAAAGAUUUCCAACGUUGAGAGGAAUGACUCGGGUCAAUACAUUGUGGAAGUUUUUGAUCUGAAUGGGCGCAUUGUCAAAACCAUCACGUUGGAACUGGAUGUUCAGGAUCCUGUAAUCUCUGUCCAUCUGGUCUCAAAGUGUCAGUUCCAAGGAAAGCAACCGGUGACUUGCUUGCCCAAGGGAGGGGAUAAUCUUCAAUACAGCUGGAGCCUAAACAAAAAACCACUGCAAGACUCUGAUCUUCUCUCAGGAGAUGUUCAAGCAAACAACAUCACCCUGAAACCAUCCAUAUCAGGACAGUUAGUCUGCUCGGUCAAAAACAAUGUCAGUGAAAUCCGAAAAGAAGUCGUUGUGCCUUGUGGUAUGGAUACGCCCUGUGAUGGUAGAAGAGAAGGAACUCUGUGUUACGGACCACUGGGUGGUGAAAUAGUCUUCAGUUUGGUGGACAAAGACACAUUUGGUUUUAACUGGUAUAAAGAAACAGUCACCUUAGUUAAUGUCAGACAGAACCAGAUUAAAUUUACAUUUUCUAAAAGAUUUAGCUUCACCCCAAACAAUGGGAGGCUGAAGAUAGAAGACCUGAUGAGAAAUGAUAGUGGAAACUAUACUCUUUCUAUCUUUGACAAAUCGGGAGCUGAACUUGGGUCUCGGACACUGCAAUUGUUCAUUGAAGAUCCUGUAAUCUCUGUCCAUCUGGUCUCAAAGUGUCAGUUCCAAGGAAAGCAACCGGUGACUUGCUUGCCCAAGGGAGGGGAUAAUCUUCAAUACAGCUGGAGCCUAAACAAAAAACCACUGCAAGACUCUGAUCUUCUCCCAGGAGAUGUUCAAGCAAACAACAUCAUCCUGAAACCAUCCAUAUCAGGACAGUUAGUCUGCUCUGUCAAAAACAACGUCAGUGAAAUCCGAAAAGAAGUCUUUGUGUCUUGUGUGUUCAUUAACUGCACUUCCAAUGGGACUCUCAUAUCUGAGUGGUUGCCUGAAAUCAAUAAAACUCUCUGUGACACCUUCAUCGAUGGAUCCAAGAGCAACCAACGCAACAAUUAUUUGCUCAUAAUGGGGGGCGUUCUCUCAGCUCUGUUCAUCCUCCUAAUGAUCGGCUUGGCGGUUGUCUACAAGCAGAAGAAAAAGCAAAGCAGUAUUGAAGAUGAAGAGGAACUGACGUACGCUAAUGUGAGGAUCAAUCAUCAGCCAAGGAGGGCAAACACAGAGAUAGAAGACGGGAUGGUGGAGUAUGGCCAAGUGAGGUUCUCAGAGCGACCUCGUCGAACUGUAGUGGUGAAUAAUGAUCCAAGUACUUAUGGCCAAGUCCGAAGGGACAGGUGAUUUUUCUUUUCGUGUUGUUGUUUUACAAUAACUCAAGAGUACAUGGCUGAGGUGUUUGUUACAACACCAAAAGGCCUAUAAAAUAUUUAAUGAGACUUACUGAACUUUUCAUUCUUUAUGCAAGAAUUUUUAUAAAGUUUGGAAUGGGGAUUGUAAAAUAUGACAUUCUUGUUCAAAGUGAAUAUUAGUUUCUACAGUGGAUAUAUUCUAGCUGGGAUUUGUUCCAGGAUGUGUCCUAUCCAGAAAGGGUUUCUUUCCCGUCAGCAAACUCCCAGAUCUCCCAGGCUUUUUUUCCACGACAUGUUUUGUUAGCGCUAAACUGCUCUAACCAACAGUACUUCCUUAUUAUAAGUCUCGGCACAAUGAUUACAUUUCUACGAAAAAGCAACUUGCAGUGAACAUUGUGGAAAAUGAUGAGGGAAAUUUUCAAGUAUGUGGCCAAGUCCUAUCUGCUUUUGGUCAUGGGUGUGGUCAAACCUUUGCUCUCCAUGGCAUGAUAGGCAUGACUUCUUUAACCGUGUUUCACCCUUUGCAACAUGACCCAUUUUCUAAGUAGAGAUAAGGUCUUAUACAACGUGUAUUGUUACAACAUGUAACAAAUAAUACAAAUCUUCUUUCUUUUAUUAAAUAACUCUGACAGAAACACCCUU